AUGGGAGCAGACGAAUCGGGCGACCUGAAUCUCAAGUUCUUGGAAAAGAGGGGCUCUCUUGUCACUGGCGUGAAGAAGCGCGCUAGGGUGGGGGGCUACAUCGACUGCGACACCUUCGUGAAGGAAUCGCGGACACAGAAGGACAUAGAAUGGCAGGAGGGCCAGUUGAUUGAACUCUGGGCCUUUGUAAAAGACGAGGAGCUGUGUUUCGCCAAGAACAAGGAGAAUGAGGAUCUUGUCACAUCGUACAUCAAGGAGAAUUACCACUACACGGUGAGGCUCAACAAGAAGAAGGUCAUGCGCGUUGACGUGCCAGCCACCAGCGACGACCGCUCCUACUAUAAGAGAGAGGUCUGCGACGAGAAGGGCGUGGAGCACGUCACGAAGCAUGGCGAGAAGCGGGCCGCUGAUGAUCACGUCGACAUGCUGCUCCUCGAACAGGAGGACGAGGGCGGUUCCGGAGCAGCCAGCGCAGCGGGGGACUUCGAAGAGGCCUCCACGUCCGUCGUCAACGUGAAGCCCCCGAUGAAAGGCAACCUGAAGAACCAGCGAGGCGGUCCCGCGGCGAGUCGAAAGAGUAGAAGGGUGAAGGGCCAGAGGGACCAGGCGACAAUUGAUGACUGCAAGGAGUUGAGAGACAAAACUAAAGAGAAGUACACAUUUGAGCACCAGUGGAAGGCGCAGGCGAAGUUCGGCUACAGAGAGCUCCAUGGUUUGGUUGGCAAGCUGCACCGCGCUGCCAGGAAGUGCGGUGCGAUCGACGCUGGUCCGUGCAAGGAGGCUGCGCUCGAGGUCAGCACCGAGUUGUUCGACCUCGCCCAGGAGGUUGAGAUGGCGAGCGACGUGGUCAAGAACUUGAGGACUUCAUUCUUAACGUAUGCGUCAGAACCGUUACCACAGGGACACAGCGACGUGCUUCGUGGAUGCCCCAACCAACUGCCCUCGCAGAUCCUGACCUCAGGCACGAACGCGGUGAUAAACAGCAUCAGCAAGGACGUGAACAACCUUCAAAUUGCCUUGGGCCUGAUGGCCUGCUAUGGUACGUUCUCGACGCUGAGCCUGAGCUUCCUGGGCGCUGAGAGCGCAUUGGCGUCGCAGCGAAGCCUCGCGUUCAGCCUUGUUGACAAAGUAUGGUGCAUGAACAAGCUCGAUGAUAUCAUUCAAACUGGGGGCGCGCUUCGCAGGCAUCUACCGACAUGGGCAUCCGUGCACACGCUGAUCGGCACGGACUCCACUGACGGCUUCUACACGCAGCCUGCGCUGGACCUCCACUGUUUGUCGGUCUGCUGCUCCGCGCUCAAGUGGGCCACGGCCGAAGGUACCCGUGUUGAGGACAGGGAGCUCCGCAUGCAAUGCGCCGCCUUGUUCCACGAGCAGGGCCGCCUGAGCGCGCGCACGAAGACCCACUUCAGAGCACUUUGCGGCGAUGCCACCUCGCAUGGGAAGACGGAGAACGACAAGAAGCUCGAUGAGGUCGCGCGCUUCGUCGAGCAGCUCCAGGUCGAUGACUUCAUUGACCAGGUCAAUGUGAUCAUCGGUCACUUCGCUGAGGGCGACUUCCACAUCACGUGCAAGGAUGUCGGCAUUGCCUGGGGCGGCACGCAGUCCGACAGGCAGGAGCUCGUGGACGUGGUCAAGACGCUCUACGCGAUUGCCGAGAAGAUCUUGACCACGGAGCUGCAUUGCCCCACCUACCUCGGACAAGUUCAUCGUUCCAGUGGCUACCAAUAUGAUGAUGAGCCUGAGCGGUGCGUGGUACUGUUUGUGGUAUUGAGCUUUAUCAUUGACACGUUGACGCACUUCGACAUGUCGGAUUACUCUGUCCAUCACAACAGCCUCAUCCUUGAGGUCUCCAUCCGCACCCAAGCGAGCAUCGAGCUGCAGAACAUGAAGCGCGUGUACGGCCGCAGCACAGAGACUACGUUCGACGAGGCGUUCGUGAAUGAGUUGCACGCGGUGUGGACCUUGUUCUUGGAGGCGGGCUCGCAUAAGCACACCUGCUCCGAGGAUUCCGUCGUCGUCACCUUCUGCGGGCGUCUGAGGCAGGGGCAGAGCACCAUCAGCUCGGACAUAUACCAGAUGCUCGUCGACAUGCUUUCCGUCGGCCCCCCGUUCACCGCCGUGGCUUUCGCGCGCUUGCAGGACGCCCAGGAGCUCUUCCCCGACAAGUGCAAAGACCUGAUUCGGAGCCUCCCUGUGAUAGAGCGGUGCCGCGACGUGCACGGCCUCAGGGAGCAGGGGAAAGCUGGCGGCGCUCUCUGCGCGCUCGCCAAGCUGUGCGACGAGGUUCGCGUGGUCCAUGCAAAAUGUCCAGAGGCGGCUGCAGCGCGGGAUGACAGCGUAGACUGGAUUGCUGCCGGCGACGCAGAAUUCGAGGAAGCCCUGAACAGCCUCUGCCAGAAGAUGAAUGUCAGCAAGACAAUGUCCGACUUCGAGAAGCACUAUGCCGUCGCGGUCACGGCCAUCGAGGCGUGGGGCUUCACGCAGUGCGAGUGGCUUCGAAGUGACGCCGAGGUGCCCCAGCUCGUCGUGAACAUCACCAAGAAGCUCGAGUUGGCGGCCAACCAGUGGCCGACUUGGCAACACCUGUUGGAGUCCACGGUGCAGCAGUGCAAAGACUGGCUCGUGGGCCCCACGCGCGACGCCUUGCAGAAUGCAUUGGGCAGCGUGCCUGCGACGGGUGAGGCUGUGCGCAAGAACGCGGUGAUCUUCGGGGCAGCUCUCGUCGCCAGCCGCAUGCUCACCACCGACGGCAACAAGAAGGCGAUCGACGGGGCCCUGACUUAUGUGAAGAACAAGCUUCUGGUGGCAGAAGCGGAUCUGCCGCAGGCGCUGCUGAAGCGCCUGCGUACGGGCCUGCAGGGGAAGAAGGGCGCCGACGCAAGAAAGCUGCAGCGAGCUCGACGGUGGGCCCCCCCUCAAGAAGCUGGCCAAGGGGUCUUCGACGGACUCCUGAGGCGCACGCUGUCAGCAUGCGUUCGUGGUGCUGCUGGCUGGGUGACUGACAGAUGCUCGGCAUGGGCGGCGGGGGUGCGCCUAGUGGACUGA